AUGGCACCGUUGGAACCCCAUGAAAAGAAGCGGCUCCUUGCCUGUAUUGUGCAAGAGCUUUCAGCUACCCCGUAUGCAUGCUUUGAUUUGGAGCCAUUGCUCAGUGGAACGACCAAUUUCACCUUUCGUGGACACCUUGCCACAGCCUUGGCCGAAACCGACGAACAGACCGUCAUUAUCAAGCACACCACAAGCUACGCAGCUCUGAACAAGGACUUUCCCGUUGACAUCUCCCGUUGUCUAUUUGAAGUGUACGCUUUGCAAGCUCUAAACAGCUUUCCUGCCGUAGAACCUGCCUCGAGUGACUCAUUCGCAGCCCUUUCCCCGCGGCUCUACCACUUCAACAGUGCCGCCAACAUCCAAGUGCUACAAGAUAUUCAGGGUGUUUGGGACCUGCGGGAGGUUCUCGAUGCACCGUCUGCAGACGCACUGGUGUCGCAGACGCAAAUCGCAGAUGUCGGGCGGGCGGCGGGUGCCUGGCUGCGCCGCUUCCACCAGUGGGCUGUCGAGCCGGCGCAGCGGUUCCUCGCGCAGGAAGUUGUCAGAAAUGAGGGCAUGCGCGGACUUAAAUGCCGCGUCACUUGCGAUUCCUUUAUCGGGGUACUGGAGAACUUCCCGGAUAUUUACGAGCCCCAUGCGACGACCCUAGGUCUCUUUAGGGACAUGGCGCAACUGGAAUUCCAGCGACUGCCAGGUCUGGCCGAUGAAGACGACGGCUGGGGGGUCAUCCACGCUGACUUUUGGUCUGGAAACAUUCUUAUUCCUUCUAGCAUCCUUACGCCAGCCGGCGUGACAGGCCACGACAGACACAUCGCCAUUAUAGACUGGGAGUCGUGUCAAUUUGGUCCACGCGCAUUUGACGUUGGCGGUAUGCUUGGAGACAUGUGUGAGAGGCAUCACUUCAAAGGUGUCAAUGCUGCGUUGUCCGCCAUGGAAGGCUUCAUUUCGGGCUACGGCCCCAUCAGCGACGCUCUGGCUUUCCGAGUGGCAAUGCAUGCGGGUGUUUUCCUCAUAACGUGGUAUAAUCGCCGCGCGCCGGGCAGUCCUCUGCCUGCGCCUCUGGAGGUUGCCCGAGCAGCCAUGGCGCUAGGUGUGCAAUUCAUUGUCCGAGGGUGGGAAAAAGAUAAAGCCUGGUUCAAGGAGAGCAUUUUUGCGUCUCUAUUUACUGGCUAA